AUGGGGAAUACAACAUCAGCAGAGGCGCCUCGAAAGGCGCCUCAGAAGCUAUCUAAGCCCCGGGCAGCUAGCCAUGGAGCUAUGCCGAGGCCACGGAAUCCUACGGGAGCAGCUGCAUCCAGUAGCACUCGAAUGUCUGAAUCCUACCUCGCAGCCUCGCUACCCUUUUCUUCAAGAGAUUCGCAAAAUAUAGCGGGUAGCGGCAAUGAAGCCUCAGAGCCUUACGUAGAGAGGCUGUAUGAACCUUCUAGGCGGCUGUCUAGGAGAGAGUCCGACUACAUGCGGAGCCCAGUUCUGCCCGAAUCUCCCAUAACAAACACAAGAUCCCACUCCUUAUAUGCAAACUCGGUUGCAAGCAACAACCAGAUGCGCCGGGCCAGUUCUGUAAUGCAUAGUGACCCCGAGCAACGACUGUCACGGACGCAGAGCUGGCAUGGUAAUCGCAUGGACAGGGGAAGGUCAAUGCAGUCUGAGCUGCUGCAGUUUUACGAGUCUCAACAACUGCCUCGAACAAGCUCAGAGUUCUUACAGGAGCUUCAAGCAGCCGCCAUGAAAAGCCAAUCCGAUGCGCAUCAGAACCGUCGAGCUUCUAGUAUUGCUGGUGCCUUUCUUGUAAGGACUACUUCAGACUUAUCAUUCUAUGCUCCGAUGCGGCGGCGCUCUGUGAUCCAGACGCCCGGUGUAGCAACGAGACCAAGGCGAGAUGACAUGCUCUCUAUCCCAGACAGAACAAGCUCUCGAAACAGCCAGCCGGUCUUUGGAGACGACUCGUAUACCUUCAAGCCCAGCUCCAAGGCGCCUAAACAUAUCUCUAUGCCUCCUAUGCCUAUAGGAUUUGCGCCACUGGAGCGAGCUGUCACCCCGCAAGAAUCAGCUUACAGGCAGCUUGGAGGCAUGAAGUUUGGGUCUUUGAAGAUCAUGAACGGGUCACCUCCUUCAAGUCCUCAAGAUAUCAUUAAGCGGCAGCAACAAAAGGAGCGUGCGUCUGGGCCAGGACCCGAAUCAUCGUCAGCAACAGCUUUCGACGACUCUGGUAUUGAACUGAAAAUGACACGUCGCAAGCAGCGUCACACCGUCAUUGGCUCAGUAGCAGAGUCUCGUGCCUUGGCGUCUAUCUCUGGCUUUAAUGUGAACGGAAAGAGCCCACAGCCAUCAAACAAAAAGGCAGAUCCUCUAGGUGACUUGAUGCCCAGCCCACUGUCAAAAGUUCCUAGCCCUCUCCAGAAUCUCGAUAGCGAAGAGAAUGACGGGACUUCUGGCAAGGCAACGGCAGUAGUAAGGAGAUCUAACAGCGGCUUUGCCUCCACAACUUCAUCUGAGUCUUCGCACCGGCCUUCGCUAAAAACUGAUAGUGGAUAUAGCUCCAAUGCAUCGGAGCGUUCCUUUUUGAGUUCGAACAACGCCGAUGAUAAAGGUUAUACCCGCCCACUCCAAACACGGCGACGCACGUUAGAGCAACCAACAAUGGCUCCCAUCUCAACUCCUGAUGGAAUUAAGAAGCACAGCCGACUAUAUAGGCCGUUUGUUCGAGUUGAAAGAAGCAGUACCACGACAAACGACUCGGCCAGAGGAGCCGCCGAAUCGGCCUCUGCACUUGUGAGGCCGAGAGCAAAGCGAAAUGAUAAGCACUAUCAUUUAGCUUCUUCGUCUUGCUUACCUUCCCACAGACUGGAUGCGAGCAGUGCAACUCUCAAUACAAUUAUGAGCGUGGAUAAUUUGGUUCCCUCUGAUAGCGCCGCCCUGUCUAGCCACGGCUUCCUUGAAGUUGAUGCCGGAAUGGAUGGAGCCAAGUCUUUGAAAAAGCGACGUUCACUGCGAAAAGUUGCUGAAGCUGCAACAUCGAGAAUGUCGUCACUUAACUUGAAUCGUCGAAAGUCUGCCGCCGGGAAUAUGACGCCUUCAGCUACUGAAAAAAGGAAGCGAGCGUCUUCACUCGUAAACGGGAACGUAUCUUCAGCGGCCAGCGGCAAGUCUAUGCCAGCAGCUGCGACUUCACAAUCUCCCAAAGCAUCCAACCGAGAUGUUAGAAAUUCUGGUGUUAAAGGUCGAGCAUCCGCUCCAGAGCUUCGAGUUGCUAUACCGACUCCUCACGCCAACAGAAACACUGACAAUCGUUCUUCCCAUUCAACCCUUAGAACGCCAUCGCCAAGGACCCCACGAUUUCGGGGACUCAGGGACUCAGGCGUACCACCGCCUAUUCCGCCGCAAUUCCGAGCGCCAAAUUUCGAUGCGCUUCCAGCGCUCGCCAUUCCAAAUAGCUCGCCCAACUGGCCUCUUACCCAGUCUCAAGCAUCCUGGGAUAGGACUCAGCCACAGAAUGUACCCACGGGAUACCCAGCACAGCGCAGUCCUGCUAGACACCGCGUUCAUGAGAGCCCGAUUUCUCCGAGGCAUGGCCAGCCUACAAGGCAUUAUAUCCCAACGUAUAGGGGUGUUCGAAUCUGA